CUGCACCCAGCAGAUACACACCAGCUGAUCAUUCCGGUUCAUCCUCUGCAGUGCUUAGACAUCGGCGGAGGUAGUUUGGGGUCUUUCACAACGAAAAUGCUCAUUAGCACGGCAUUUGGAUAAACUGAAAACGAGCACUGAUCCAUGCACGAGCAGCUCGUGCGCAAAAAACAAAACAAACAACGACAAAAAAAUUACAGCCCGCACGCGCAGGACGGGAAUCGGGUUCGGCAUGCGGGAGGAAACUGGAUCAGACUACAACAUCCACUGCUCGGCGUGUGUCUGCGAUUAAGGCUAAGCUAGCUCCAGAUAACUUGUUAAUGAUUGACGCGAAUGUCAAUAAAAGGGUUUUUUCCCCGUGCACGCUAAAGUGACGGCGCUGUAUUUAUUAACGCUCGCGCUACGAUCAUAAUAACAACAACAAAAAGGAGGCUGUGGUCCGGUUAGCAUCGCUAGCUGUCGAGCUACUAAAUAUAGACCGUGUGACCAAGUUUAAAUCAGCUAAAAUGAACCGCUUAUAGCGUUAAAAACAAACAAACACACGGCGUUUAUUCCUGACGAUCAGAGGAUCUGGAUUUGUUCACCAAUGACCCCGGACAAAACCUGGCGCGUGCCGACUGUCUGCAGUUCGCAGCCAUUGUUUCAUCCGGACUCAAAUCUUUUGCAUUGCUAAUUGUGUUCGUAUAUAUCUCUGCUUGACAUUUCGCCUGGUUUCCGUUUGUGUUUUAACCGAAAAUGGCCGCCGUUGUGAAUUAUUCUCCCCCGUGGUGGGUGAACCUGCUGCACCGUCUCCCUCACUUCAACCUGCGCUUCGAGCAGAUCAGCAGUGAGUUUCAGCCAGAGGACUCCUCAUACCAGCAGUCCAUUCUGCUGGUGGGAGCAGUGGCUCUAGCCUGUCUGGCCCUGGACCUCCUCUUCCUCCUCUUCUACUCAUUCUGGCUCUGUUGCCGUCGCAAGAAAAGCAGCGAACAGCCCAAUGCCGACUGCUGUUGCACGGCCUGGUGCGUCAUCAUUGCCACCCUGGUGUGCAGCGCUGGUAUUGCCGUUGGUUUCUAUGGGAAUGGAGAGGCCUGCGAUGGAGUUAACCGGGUCACUUACUCGCUGCGUCAUGCCAACCGUACUAUCGCCGGGGUGCAGAAACUGGUAUCAGACAGUGCCACAUCCCUGAAUCUGACCGUGGAUGAGAAUCUGCAGCAUUUGGAGAGCCAGUAUACGAAGCACACUGACUACCUGUCGAUCGUACAGAAGCUGCAGAGCCAGUUGGAUGAGCUGCUCAAACAGAUGGUGGAGAUCCCUUUCUGGAGCAAUCCCAGCAUCUCCCUGGAGGCGCUGGCUGGCAGGAUCGAACUCUACGACUGGUAUAGGUGGCUGGGCUAUCUGGGGCUGCUCCUGUUCGACGUGCUCAUCUGCCUGCUGGUGCUCUUCGGCCUUAUUCGCAACUCGAAAAGAACUCUGAUUGGGGUCUGUUUACUGGGCGUGUUGGCGCUGGUGAUCAGCUGGGGAUCACUGGGUUUGGAGCUGGCUGUAUCCUCGAGCUCCAGCGACUUUUGCGUGGCGCCAAACAUGUACGUUGCCGAAGUGGCCGAACGCAACAGAGUCAUCAACAAAGACAUUCUGCAGUAUUACCUCCAGUGCAACGUGGGCCAAACCAACCCCUUCCAGCAGAAGCUGUCUGGAAGCCACAAGGCUCUGGUGGAGAUGCAGGAUGAUGUGUUGGAGCUCCUGCGUUCUGCAGUGCGAGAAUACCCGCAAACCAAAAGUAAUCUGGAGCAGAUUCAGGGGGUUUUGAACACCACUGAAAUCGGCCUACAUCAGCUGACUGCCCUGGUGGACUGCCGCAGUCUGCACAUGGAUUACGUCCAGGCUGUGACGGGGCUGUGUUAUGACGGUCUGGAAGGGCUGAUCUACCUGGUGCUGUUCUCCUUCGUCACCGCCCUCAUGUUCAGCUCCAUCAUCUGCAGUGUGCCUCACACCUGGCAGGGUAGGAGGCCCAGUGAAGACACAGAGGAAGACUCUGCUGCUUCUGGAGGAAGACAGAACCAUGAUAAUCUGUACCGGGUGCACAUGCCCAGCCUUUACAGCUGUGGCAGUAGCUACGGCAGUGAGACCAGCAUCCCUGCAGCAGCACACACUGUCAGCAACGCUCCUGUUACUGAGUACAUGACACAGAAUGCAAACUUCCAGAAUCCUCGCUGUGAGAACACUCCUCUAAUCGGGAGAGAGUCUCCUCCCCCUUCUUACACUUCCAGCAUGAGGGCCAAGUAUUUGGCCAACGCCCGACCUGAUCCCAACAGCAGCGCUGCAGCACACUAGAGAUCGCCCAUGGACGUCCCUGAUCUCUCUCUCUCACUCUCUGUCUCUCACUCUCUCUCACACACUCUCUCAACCUCUCUCACACACACUCGCUCUCUCUCUCUCUCUCUCUGUCUCUCUCUCUCUCUCUCUCUCUCUCUCUCUCUCUCACAUACCCACACACUCUGUCUCUCUCACUCCUUUACUCUCUCUCUCUCCUAUAAACACACACACACACAAAUGUGCCCUUGUUCCUACGACACAAACAGACUCCACCAGGCCCACCCACUACUUCAGACAACAAGGACAUCAAAACAUUCGCCAUUGAAGAGGCCUCUUGUUUACAAGAUUGGCCACAGUUCCAAAUAGUGGAGUAGUCCUGACGAGUGUGUGCGCAUGUAUGAAUUGCGUGUAUGAAUUGUGUGUGUGUAUACAUUUGUUCCAAUGUGCUGCCGUUGCUUUCUUGUGGUGCUUUUGCCAAAAGAGCCUAAAGCCCUAGAAGUACACAGCCAGUCAUGGUAACUGGCCUCAAAUCACAUUCCUGCAUUGUGUGUGUGUGUGUGUGUGUGCGCGUGUGAGAGAGAGUGAGUGUGUGUGUGUGUGAAUGUGUGUGAGAGAGAGUGUGUGUGUGUGUGUGUGUGAGAGAGAGAGAAUAUAGGAUUUUUCGACAGGUUAAGACUCUCUGAUUUAAACACAAAUACAGUAACUCUGAUUAGCUGGAUCAGUACCACAAUCUAAAAUAUAAACCACACACCAGUUACUGACAUGUAUCAAAUCACAAAAGAAACAAACGUGUGAUUUCUGCAAUAGGAAUGAAUGCUGAUGAGACUGGUUUGAACCCAGGUGUGUUUUUAAAUUCACUGAUUCAGUGGUGCUAGCUGAUCUAAUGAAAUCUGGAAAAGAAAAAUACUGCCAUUAUGUAUACGGAAAGGAAACAAGUAGCAAUAGUGAGGUUCGGGGCUGACAAACGCCACGGGGUUAGCUCUCUCUUUUAGGUGGAGUAGUUUUAAUUAAAGCCAUGGGCAGCUUUAGAAAGCCCUGUGUAAAUCUGUCUCCUUUUUACCACCAUGCGUGUAGAUAAGUUUUGAGAGGUCUCCUAGAUUUGCGCACAGAAACAGCGCACAAUAUAAAAACAGCAGCAUUGCUCAUAAGAGCUGCUCAGGUUCUCUUCUGCAGAGUUUGACACACAUGGACACAAUGGUAUAUGAGGGUUUGGGUGCUGAAUCCCAUUCACCUCAGUUCUCUUUGUAUAUCGUAGCCACUAGACAGCAGACCUGGGACUGCACUGCUGAGCAAGAUAUUGCAUUAUGUAUAAUGUCUGUGGAGUAUCUGGGGACUGCACAUCUUCUCAUUCUUCUCAUCUCUGCCAUGGAAUUUACAGGUUACCAGUUAUCUAUGACAUGCAUAUGAGUGUUGCAUGCUUGCAGCUGUUUUUUUUCCUCCACGGGAGGAUUUCUCAUUGUGUACUUGAGAACUUCUCUGUACUGUACAUGAACUAUGAACUAUGAACUGGACGUCUUGCUGAGCAAGCUUGGACCCAAACAUGGCUGAGUUUUUUUUUGUUGUUGUUUUUUUUUUUUGGUUGUCAUCUUUCGAACCAGGACGGACUCUCAGAGGAGAAUGACUGUAUUGGUGACUCAGCGAGACAGUCAUUUUGUAUGAAAUGUUCCAGCUUUGUUUAACAACCACACUGACUGCUGUGCUUCUACUCGGCAAUGUAAUAACCACUCAGUUACUGCAGACUCACAACAACUACAGCACAUCUGUUCCAAGGAGAAUGUGCUAUAUGGAAACUCGCAUCUGUCCAGAUGAUCACCUCUUUAUAUCUUAAACACACACACACAAACACACACACAGGUGUUGAUGCAUGAUCCACCAUGUCUGGGUUCCUCACACAGGUUUGAUGAUGUGGAUGAUCUGCAGCGACUUGAUCACUGUCCCGCACCCUGCUAUGCAGUGUCAUGCACAAUGGUGCGGGUCAAACAAACUCCACUUCAACAUUUCCCAAAAUGUUCCACGGACCCUCCUGUUCCGUGUACAGUCUUUCGUGGGACAGAGGCAUGCAUGCUGUGUAAAGACCUGAACAUGCAUUACACCAUUACAGCUUCUGCUGGACUAAUUAAAAAAAAAGAAGAGAAAAAAAAACAGCAAAAGGGAUUGUGAAAGACUUUUGGGAAGGGGGAAAAGGAACCUGGGUUAUUUGUGUCUUUUAGCUCGUAGCUGAACAUCUCUAGAUUUCUGGACUCUAAGCAUUUGUUCAUUCACUUCUCUGAGGCAUGGUGACCCUUUCGAUGUGGAGUGUGAAGUGUUCUUGUGUGCUACUGAUGCUUCUUUUUUGGGUUCCUUGAAUUACGCUCUUACUGCAAUCAAUAACGAGGCGUGGUUCCUCGACUGUGCCAACAACCAAAUCAUGACUUCUAAUCUUUCCCAUUACCUUUUAAAUGUUCCACAUGUUUAAAUGGGCCUUUUUUUGUACAUUGACAGCUCAGCCUAGCCCUGAGCGACCGAGCGAGUCACCUGUGAACAUGAGCCUGACGUUUUAAAAAUUGUCUCUUUUUUUUUUUCUAUGUGAACGACCAUUUGUUAGUGAUGCAAUAUAUUUUAUUCUUUUUACAUCAUACUCUGUUAAUUUCAUAAUAUGCUAGAAUCGUGUGUGUGUGUGUGUGUGUGUGUGUAUAUAUAUAUAUAUAUACAUUAUAUAUAUAAUUACAAUGCAGAAUGAAGAAAACCGCUAGACAAAUUUGCAAUACCAUAGUGCAAAACAUCACACACCUUCAUUUUAUUUAAAAAAAAAAAAAUUUAGUUAUUGUAUCAUAUUAUUUUUUUAAAUGAUUAGUAAGCUUUUUUUGUCUUAUGUGAAUAACUGAGUUUUGUAUUUCAUUAAAAAAAUUAAUUUGUUUUUUCCCCCUUUUAAUUUUUGCCAUUUACUAAAAUAUUGUACAUUAAACGUUAAACCUGUGGUUUUAUUCAGCUUGAACUCGUGUUUUCAGAUUAAAAUAAAAUGAACUGACAGCAA